GCGAUCACGUUACGUUGGUUUCUGUAUUCCUUCUAAAUCGUGUAGUCACUGCGGGAAGCUAGCAGCAGCUCAUAACAGCUAAGUGGACAAAGUUUUAGCUGUUAGGAAUACACCGCAAUAGAUUCACCAUGUCUAUUAUGUCCUAUAAUGGAGGGGCCGUCAUGGCCAUGCGGGGGAAGAACUGCGUGGCGAUCGCAGCUGACCGGAGGUUUGGCAUUCAGGCUCAGAUGGUCACAACAGACUUUGAGAAGAUCUUCCCCAUGGGAGAGAGGCUGUACAUCGGGCUGGCUGGACUGGCCACUGACGUUCAGACAGUGUCCCAGAGGCUUAAAUUCAGACUGAACCUGUACGAGCUGAAGGAGGGACGCCAGAUCAAGCCCAAGACCUUCAUGAGCAUGGUGUCUAACCUGCUGUAUGAAAAGAGGUUUGGACCAUACUACAUCGAGCCUGUGAUCGCUGGACUAGAUCCCAAAACCUUGGAGCCAUUCAUCUGCUCCCUGGAUUUGAUCGGUUGCCCCAUGGUGACGGAGGACUUUGUCGUGAGCGGUACCUGCUCGGAGCAGAUGUACGGCAUGUGUGAAUCUUUGUGGGAGCCAGACAUGGAACCAGAGGACCUGUUCGAGACCAUCUCCCAGGCAAUGCUCAAUGCAGUUGAUAGAGAUGCUGUGUCUGGUAUGGGCGUGGUCGUACAUGUAAUUGAGAAAGACAAGAUCACCACACGAACCCUGAAGGCCAGGAUGGACUAGAGCUCUUGCUUCCCACACUUCACCAACACAUGUUUUUUGUAUAAAAAUAAUAACAACGCUUGUACUGUUCUUUUUUUCUUUUUCUUAUUGAUAUUGUUCAAUAAAUGAACAUAGGUUGAAA